GAAUGCGUCUUGCUAGAACAGCGAUUGUUGAUUUCCUGUGUUGCAGUUUGAUGAAUACGUGAGAUAUUAUGGGUGUUAUUUUUGUCAUUUUAGGGCAGUAAAUAACACUUUUUGAUUAUUUUAUAGUUACACGCUCUACACUUGCGGGCGUAUAGCGACCUCCAUCUCGGUUUUCCAGUUCCAAAGUCCGCAUCUAAUACCUAACGACAGUUGGCGGGUCGGAGAACGUUUUCCAGGGGAUCAAACGUCUUCUUGUCGAUUGCGUCUCGUUUUCGACCCACCCCGAUAUCAGCGACGACAAGACGGCACCACUGGGACCCACUUUACUUUUGACGUGCGAGGCAAACAUGACGGGAAGAGUUGAAACCAGCGACGGCACCGCUUCGGUUAGCGUCCAAGCUAACUCCGCGGCACAACUAAAGAAGAACAAAACAAUCCAUGUCGUUUAUCUAAUCGCGGCUUUGGACAUAACAUGGAUGUUCUUACAGUUCUCUGUGACGCCUUAUUUGGCAAAGAAACUAGGAUUUGACACCUUGUGGUUUGGUUAUUUGCAAACUAUGGUGGGUGUGGUCCAGCUCUUUGGGGGUCCUUUAUUUGGAAGGUUUGCAGACGUUUUUGGGGCCCGAGCAGCAUUGUCGCUGUCAUGUGCCGCAACCAUAGUUUUCUUCAUUCUAUUGGCCGUGGCAGACUCUCCCGCCGUGCUUUUUGUCCAAAAACUCCCCACAGUCUUCAUGCAUGUCUUACCAGCUUCUCAAAUGGUCGUGGCAGACCUUUCAGAAUCGGAAAAAAGGGCGGAUGCUCUUUCCAAACUUGGUCUGUGUUUUGGUAUUGGAAUGAUAGCUGGCUCCACUUUAGGCGGACAUCUUGUCACACACUAUGGGGAGAGAUUUGCCGCAUGUUCCGGUGCGGCAGGCAGCGCUUUAAGUCUGUUGCUGGUGUUAAUCUUUAUCCCCGAAACCACCAAAGCUCAAGAUCCAAAGGCCGCAGAGUCUCAGGCUAAAAACAAGUCCAUAUUCAAUGUGGGACAGAUCACAAGACUCCUUAAGUACCCGGGCGUGACGCCCAUUUUUGCUGUGAAGAUUGUUACGGGUUUGCCUUCAGGUAUUUUCCAAGUGAUGUUUUCCAUCAUUGCAAUGGAUUUUUUUAAGCUGACAGCUCAGGAAAAUGGUUAUUUGAUGGCAUAUUUUGGAAUAACCCAGAUGGUGAUUCAGGGAGCGGUGAUCGGACCGCUCACGGCGAGAUGCUCUGAGAGUUCGCUGCUACUUCUGUCCAUCGGGAUUUCUGCUUUUGUAGGCCUGGCGCAGGCGUACAUGCAGAACGUGUUCCAGUUCUGCCUCACCGUGGUCCCCAUGAUGUUCUCCCUCAGCGUUUUUAACGUCAUUACUGACAGUUUGCUCACCAAGAGCGUACCUUCCUCGGACACGGGCACAAUGUUGGGACUUUGCGCGUCUGUUCAGUCUCUACUUCGUACAGUCGGCCCGACUAUUGGCGGCUUUCUCUACGUGGGAUACGGCAUUUCCUCCAUCGGCCUUCUUCAGUUUACCGUGAAUGCCGCCGUAUUUGUGUACCAACUGCAGCAUCGACACGAGAACAAGAGAGACGAACACAAACAAUGAAACAUCUCAAAUAUUUUCACAGGAGGCGGACCUCGGUUUCAUUCCUAUAAAUUACUUUACGCUACUGACAUGUAAGGCAUUAUAUAAUUGUAUUUUUGUAUGUGUUUUUGCUUUAAAUACCAAUAAUAAAUUAUUUUACCCACAA